AUGUUAUCUUAUGCUGGCAGACUCCAACUAGUUAGAAGUGUUAUAUUCUUUAUAUCUAACUACUGGAUGCAAAUAUUUCCAUUGCUAAAAAAAGUUGUAGCACGUGUUGAAGGGCUUUGUAGAAGGUUUCUAUGGACUGGAGCUGAUGAGAGAAGUAGGAAAGCACUAAUUUCUUGGGAUCAUGUGUGUGAUCCUGUAUCCGCAAGUGAGAGAAACAUGGUAUCUUUGGUUGAUUGGAACAAAGCAACAAUUGGUAAAAUGUUGUGGAACAUUUGGAGCAAGAAGGCUAUUUUGUGGAGUAGAUGGCUUCAUACCUACUAUAUGAAACAGGUUGAUGUAAAGGAUUUCAACCCUGGCCAGAAUUUUUCUUGGAUUAUAAAGGCUAUUUUCAAGAGUAUGAACAUGAUGACUAACUCUGAAGUUUGGCAGAAGUUCAGAUAG